AAUACUUUUUACUAUUAUCCUCUCAAGACUCACCAAUUAAAAUAUAACUUUUUUGACAAGAAAGAAAAACAAACAGUUGAAUUUCAAUCUCGUCGGGAGAGAGAGAAUUACCAACCCAACCAUAUAGUGAAAAAAGAAAUUGUAAUACAAGCAACAGUCAAUAGAAGAACAGAGGUGAAAUUCCAAGCAGGAGAUGUGUAUCCUUUUGUCAGCCACACUUGUAGCUCCCUGUGUUGGCUCUUCAAUGGUAAGUACAAGUUCUUCAUACAUACAAGGAAGCACCUUCAUUCUUCAAGUACUUUAAUGGAGAUAAAUAAUGAGUUCGGCUCAAGCUCUUAUCCAGACCCUUCUCAGAAACCCUGGUACCAUCAAAUCUAAGUACCAAGCCAAGCAACUUCAUGCCCAAAUCCUAAAAACCCGAUCACUCUCUCACUCUGUUGCGUCUAUAAUCAUCUCCUUUUACUCAAACUUCAACCUUCUACGAGAUUCCAUUCUUCUCUUCAACACUCUCAACUCGCCCCCACUCCUUGCCUGGAAAUCCAUCAUCAGGUGCUACACCAACAAUGGCUGUCUUGUGCAAUCUUUGGCUACUUUUAUUAAAAUGCGUGCUUCUGGUAAAUACCCAGAUCACAACGUUAUCCCUUCUGUGUUAAAAUCAUGUACCUUACUCGUGGAUACCAGGCUGGGCGAGUCCGUUCAUGGCUGUAUUAUUAGGCUGGGAAUGGAUUUUGAUUUGUAUACCGGGAAUGCCCUUAUGAAUAUGUACUCAAAGUUUCAAGCUUUGGGUGGGACUGGUGGACAGGUAACUCGUGUGUUGAAUGUGUUCGACGAAAUGCCGCAUAGAACGAAAAACAGUGAAUUGAACAUGAAUUAUUCACCCGAUAAGUGUAAUAGUGUUGGAGGGAUAGUACAUGCCGAUUGGGAUCCAAGGAAUGGAGCGUUUCUUUCAUAUGAGAGUUCCAACUGUAGUAGAGAUGACUUCGAUAAAAUGGCUGUGGGAAUUGGUCAUGGCUUCAAUUUGAAACUUCUUAGUGAGACAUUGCCACUUGUUGAUGCUACAGAUGGCAUAGCUGAUUAUUGUCCUGACAAAAUUUAUACGCAAAAGAUAGACAGAAUGCAAAUUGACAGUGUGGAAAAAGUUUUCAAAAUGAUGCCAAAGAGGGAUGUUGUUUCUUGGAAUACCGUGAUUUCUGGGAAGGCACAAAAUGGGAUGUACAAAGAAGCCUUAAGGAUGGUUAGGGAGAUGGGGAAUGCCAAUUUGAAGCCUGAUUCUUUCACCCUGUCCAGUGUCCUUCCUAUAUUUGCAGAGUAUGCGGAUCUCAUCAAGGGAAAGGAGAUUCAUGGAUAUGCUAUUAGACAUGGAUUCAAUAGAGACGUGUUUAUUGGAAGUAGCUUGAUUGGCAUGUAUGCAAAAUGUGCAAGGGUGGAAGAUUCAAAUAGGGUUUUCUAUCUCCUACCUCAAAAAGAUAGCAUUUCAUGGAACUCGGUUAUUGCAGGAUGUGUGCAGAAUGGCCUAUUUGAUGAAGGUCUUAGAUUGUUUCGAUGGAUGUUAGUGUCCAAAAUUAAGCCCCAGCCUAUUUCCUUUUCUAGUAUCAUGCCUGCUUGUGCCCACUUGACGACGCUCCAUUUAGGAAAACAACUCCACGCAUACAUAAUCAGGAAUGAUUUUUAUGCUAAUGUGUUCAUAGUCAGUGCUCUUGCGAACAUGUAUGCCAAAUGUGGGAACAUUAGGAUUGCAAGAUGCAUUUUUGACAAAAUUCAGCUACAUGACAUGGUAUCCUGGACAGCCAUUAUCAUGGGACAUGCUUUGCAUGGCCGUGCGCGUGAUGCCAUUUCUUUAUUUGAGCAGAUGAUAACAGAGGGUGUGAGACCCAAUGAUGUGGCUUUUGUGGCUGUAUUAACUGCUUGUAGUCAUGCUGGAUUGAUAGAUGAAGCUUGGAAAUAUUUCAAUAGUAUGACUCAGAAUUAUGGCAUUGCUCCAGGCUUAGAACAUUAUGCUGCUGUGGCUGAUCUUCUUGGCCGUGCUGGGAAGUUAGACGAAGCAUAUCAAUUCAUCUCCAGCAUGCAUAUUGAACCAACAGGGAGUGUCUGGUCAACAUUGUUAGCUGCUUGUAGAGUCCACAAGAAUGUUGAGCUGGCUGAAAAGGUUGCUAAGAAAAUUUUUGCUGUGGAUCCUGAUAACAUUGGAGCUUAUAUUCUUUUGUGCAACAUAUAUUCAGCUGCUCGGAGAUGGAAGGACACAGUGAAGUUGCGAUUGUAUAUGAGGGAAAAGGGCAUGAAGAAAACACCAGCUUGUAGCUGGAUUGAAGUUAAAACCAAGAUGCAUGCUUUUGUGGCAGGAGAUAAAUCUCACCCUUCUUAUGACAGAAUCAAUGAGUUUUUGGACUUUCUUUUAGAAAAGAUGGAAAAAGAAGGGUAUGUUGCCGACACAAAUGAGGAGCUCCAUGAUGUUGAAGAGGAGCAAAAGAAGUACUUACUAGGAAGCCAUAGCGAGAGGCUAGCCAUAGCUUUUGGUAUCAUUAGCACACCUCCUGGAACAACAAUUCGAGUAACAAAAAACAUCCGGGUAUGUGUGGACUGCCAUACAGCAAUCAAGUUUAUAUCAAAGAUUGUUGAGAGAGAAAUAAUUGUCAGGGAUAAUAGCCGAUUUCACCAUUUUAAGGAUGGAAAUUGUUCAUGUGGGAAUUACUGGUAAUUGGCUCUUGUAUGGAGCAGCUGCGGAGACAUAAUCAUUGAAUAUGAUCACAGACUGACAGCUAAAAAGCUCUACUGACAUGAAGUUUACAUUGUUUGAACAAGAGAUGUUUUGGUUCCUGGGCAUUUUGCAUAUUUCUAAUUGCUUGUGUGCAGAGAAAGAUGAGAACAUCAUCAAUGGGGCCAUUCUGCUGCAUUUUCCAGAUGCGGUUGAAGCAAGGCAUGGUGUUCCAUGAUUCUGCACCUUUUGAUUAGGAAGAAAGAAAUCUUAGCCACUGAAAAUAAUCAGAUAAUUUUUUUUUAAAAAAAUUGUGUCUUAAUGUCUGAGGCAACUUAGAAUUUCCCAUGGCAGUGAUGGAAGGGCUAAAGAUUGAGCGAGCAGUCGGUGUAGUGAAAAAGAUCACUGGAAAGCGACUUAACACUCUACCAAUGCCUGCAACUUCUGUAAUGCUUUGGAGGCAUUGAAGCAGAGAUUAAAGCAAUGUGUUUUAGGCUUUUCUAGUUUUGUCAUGUUGGUAGGUAUGGAAAUGGAUAGAGGAGCCCACUCUCUAGGUAAAGUAGAAUCUCUUGUUUAUUUUAGGGAGCUGCACAGUGAGGACAGAGCAAAUUAUUCUUUUCCCUUUUACUAAAC